AUGGCAGGGCGGCGGGCUACAAGGGCAGGGCGCAUGCGCACUGGCAGGGUAGGGCAGCUGCACGUGCAAGGCAGCAGCGCGGGGCAGGGGGCACGCGCACGGGCAAGGCGCUUACGGGGCAGGGCACGAGUCGCUAGGCAGCAGGGCGCGCUGGACGCUGGGCAGCAAGGCGCGCUGGGCAGCAGGGCACGCUGGCGUGCUGGGCAGCAGGGCGCGCUGGCGCGCUGGGCAGCAGGGCGUGCUGGCGCGCUGGGCAGCAGGGCGCGCUGGUGCGCUGAGCAGCAGGGCGCGCUGGCGCACUGGGCAGCAGGGCGCACUGGCGCGCUAGGAAGCGGGGCGCGCUGGGGUGCUGGGAAGCGGGGCGCACUGGCGCGCUGGGCAGCGAGGCGUGCUGGCGCGCUAGGAAGCGGGGCGCGCUGGCGCGUUAGGCAGCGGGGCGCGCUGGCGCACUGGGCAGUAGGGCACGCUGGCGCGCUGGGAAGCGGGGCGCACUGGCGCGCUAGGCAGUGGGGCGCGCUGGCGCGCUAG